CUCAAGAAAUAAAAUAACCAGAGAGAUGCCGUCCACGUCCAGUAUUCCACUCUCAGCUGGCUCUUUGGCGUGCUCAAGAAAUUGACAUGGCUUUUGCUUGGUGCCUCAACUGCCGCUGCUACUUCCACCCACCACCUGAUAAAGUCAUUCCUUUCUUCUCCAAUGGCAACGACGUGUAGACUUGCACCCUUCUUCUUCCCUUCCUUUUCUUCUUCUUCUUCCUCCAGCUCCUUUCUUAUGUAUAAAUCUCCAUUUGCCUCACCAUCGGAUUCCCAUCAUCAAUCGUCUCCAUCAGAGUCUUCUUCCUUUUCAAGAAACAGAACUAGAACGAUAAGCUUCAUGUCCAGGAACAACGGCAGGGUCAUCACGGUUUACCGGCUGCACUGGUGCUACCAGUGCCAUCAGAUGGUUCGCAUUCACUCCGAUAGGGACGCCAUUUGUCCUCGUUGCUACGGCGGGUUCGUCUACGAGAUUGACCGCCGAACCAGGGCUUUGAUCGACUUGGACGAUUUUGAGCCGACCUACUCCGCCGCCGACCAACUCCUAGACGCCAUCUCUUCCAUUUUCCAGCCUUCCUCCCCGCCUAGGCCGGCACCGAGGAGAACAAGAAGGCGGGUGGGCACGGCCGUUGCCAGCCGCGGCGGAUCCGACCAUGUCAUUGAUCGAGACGGCCAACAUCGAGAACCAUGGCCAGGAUUAGGAGGCGCCUCCAUUUAUCCCCAACUUUUGUUGCGUCCCAAUAAUAACGCGCCACCGGCCGGCGGUCGAGCUGCUGCCGCCGGUGCUGUUCCUACCACCGCCGGACCCAGCCCAGGUGAUUAUUUCAUAGGUCCCGGGCUCCACGAACUGAUAGAAGAGCUCACCCACAACGACCGGCCCGGCCCUCCUCCGGCGCCGCAAUCUGCCAUCGAUGCGCUGCCCACCGUCGCGCUCACCGAGAGGCACUUGGUCGCCGACUCAGAAUGCCCCGUUUGCAAGGAAGAUUUCGAGGCCGGCGGCCUGGUCAGGGAGAUGCCCUGCGCCCAUAUCUUCCAUUCUGACUGCAUAGUCCCGUGGCUAGAGCUGCACAAUUCCUGCCCCGUCUGCCGCUACGUUCUGCCGUCCGGCACAGGCGGCGGCGGCUCUUCCUCCACCCCCUCCCCUCCCCGCGCUUCCCUUCCCGAAGGGGUGGGAACUCUAAACCGUUCGAGGGAGGAGGAAGCCGCUUUCGCCGGCCAUGAGGAGCGCGUGGCUUUAGGUGGCGGUUAUUCUCAUGAUCAGCACGUUAAUCUUAGUAGACCUUGGAAUUUCUUCUGGCACCUGUGGGCUCAUCGGCCAUUGAACUCCAACUAUGGAUACCAGCGGCAGCAAAAUAGCCGUUCGGGAAAUGGCGGAUCAUGGAACUCCCUGUGGAGCUAUCUCGGAUGGCCGCUCAUUGAUUAGAACAAGAAUUACAGGUUCCUGUCUCUGUGACCCCAACGGGGCUGCAAAGUGCAAAGUAAACAAAUAAACAGGAGAAGAAAUUGAGAAAGAAAGACUUCAGCGCAAACAAAAAUUAAAGAAAUCUCUCUGGGUGGUGUAAUGACAUAAAAUUUGUUCUAUUAAAUAAGAUAUUUUUAGAGUUUCUUUCAAAAUUCUGCGUCUAAUGACUGUGUCGUCAUGUUUGAAAACCCCCAAUUCUAUUUCUGGAUCAGUUUAUCUGAAAGUGGAAGCAAGAUUUUACUAGUAAAGGUUGUUUGUGCUGUUAAGUGUGAUGUAUGAGGAUGUUUCUCUAAUUAAAAAAAAAAAAAGCAGUCAUUUCACUUUUUUUAUUU